AUGGGGUGCGCUUCUUCUGUUUAUGCUGUUGGAGGGAGGAAGAAGUUGACUGUCCCCGAAGUCGUCGUCCUCGUCCCAUCAACGCGAAUUCCUGCACAAUCUGAUCUUCAAAGGCGGCUUAGAGGCCUAAUCCCAAUAGAUCUUGCUCACAGAUUGUCUUCCCUUCGCAAUCAGAUUGUCUUAGUGGCAGAGGACACUGGUGGAUCUGCUAUUCCUGAACUGAGGAGAGCACUGGAGGAGUACUUGUGUGUUUUAAUUGGGCUCACUAAGAAAGAAUAUGGUCUAGAGGGAUCGGUCGAAUUCAAGUGGAAAAGCUUAGAGGAUGGCAAGCAGGAAGCCUGUGUGGCAAACUCCUGGUUUGAAGUCCUGUCUGUUGUUCACCUCAUGGCUGUGCUUACAUUGUCGGAGGCUGACAUAUUGAUGAUCCCACACGACCAUUCUGGUUCCGGUAUAAGGACUGUCUCUUCAGAUUGCAAAAGAGUUGCUGUCGACUUGCUGCUUAAGGCAUCAGGCUACUUGGAAUUCUGUGUCCGGGAUGUACUGAUUCGCAUACCGCCUGAAAUUAAGAAAAAGUUGCCAAACAAUUUGCAUGAUGGUGUAUUGGAGGCCAUUUCCUUUCAAUCUCUGGGCCAGGGAACAGAAAUUCAGCUUGGUUUGGCUGUUGACUGUCAGAAGGCCACUUUAUCAGUCAAAAGAAGAUUGGCAUGUGAACAAUUGACCUAUUUUAGCCAGGCUUAUCACUGCUUGUCAGGAUGUGACAUCAAUAACGGGUGUGGGAAGAAGCAUAUGUGGUUCAUCAAAUGGAAAUUUCUUGAGUCAAAGGCUGCAGCAUACUACUACCAUGGUCUGAUCCUUGACAAGGGUAAUGAGCCAUCCUGCCACGUUAGCGCUGUAUGUUGUUUUCUUGCCGCGGAAGAAAUUCUAUCAGAGAGCAAGAAAGCUUGCUUAACCUUUUGCCUUGCAGCUCCAGUUACCAGGGCUCCUCCACGCUGGGGAGCUAUGAGGCAUUUGCAUCAGAAAAUUCCUGAAGUUGCAACAAGGAAAUCUCAGAUGUAUGGCUACCUCUUAGAACAAGAGAAGGCUCUCCAAACAUUGCCUGACCUGCCAGAAUUUCAACUGUCAUUAAGACCCGAUGACUAUCAGCUACCGGAAAUGGACCCAGCAUGGGAUGCCGAAAAGUGGGAAACAGAAGGCCAGACCCUGAAAGAGCAUCUUAAAGAUAGUGAAGAUGAGACUGAAACCGAGUGA